GUCUGCAGCUGAUGUUCCUCUUAACCAUAUCACCUUUACUCUGUUUUUGUUAUUUGAUUUUUCACUAAAGAAUGUAUGAAUCCUUUUACUGCACCUGCUGACACGUUACCUCCCUUUUCACUACACUUGAUAACCCGAGAGAAUCGGACGUUAUUUGCGAUUCCUUCACUGAAUACUCAGUAUCUGGAGAUCAACUUCAAAAUGAUCAACUUUGACACGGUAAAAGACAUGGACCACUCUGCACAGGUUUUGGUUGACUUCCGUGGGGUUCCCAUGAUGAAAGAAAAUAUUGAGAAUUGGGAGCGAGUGGACGAAUUUGAAACCCGACCUGAUGAUCUUCUCAUUGCUACUUACCCAAAAGCAGGAACUACAUGGGUUAGUGAAAUUGUGGACAUGAUAUAUAAUGAUGGAGAUCUUCAAAAAUGCCGGCGUGAUGCUAUAUAUAACAGAGUACCAUAUAUGGAAUUUAGACUCCCUGGAAUUCCAUCAGGUGUCGAACAACUCAAUGCUGCACCGUCCCCAAGACUGAUAAAGACACAUCUUCCUUUUCAACUGAUGCCGGAAUCAUUUUGGCAAAACAACUGCAAGGUUAUUUACGUAGCCCGAAAUGCCAAGGAUGUAGCAGUAUCAUAUUAUUUCUUUCACAAGAUCGUCAAAGAUCUGCCAGAUCCUGGACCAUUUGAUGAAUUUCUAAAUGAGUACACUGAUGGUAAAGUGGGCUAUGGUUCAUGGUACGAUCAUGUUAAAGGCUGGUGGGAAAAAAGACAGGACUACCGUAUUCUGUAUUUAUUCUACGAAGACUUAAAGGAGAAUCCUAAAAGAGAAAUUCAGAAGAUUCUAAAUUUUUUGGACAAGAAGUUGAGCGAUGACACUUUGGAUAAGAUUAUUCAUCAUACGUCCUUCAAAGAAAUGAAAAAUAACGACAUGGCAAAUUACAAGACCAUACCGCAAGAACUGCUUGAUCAGACCACUGUACCCUUUAUGAGGAAAGGAGAAGCUGGCGACUGGAAGAAUCACUUCACUGUGGCUCAGAAUAUACAUUUUGAUGAAGAGUAUGCGCGACAGAUGGCAGGAACAGACCUACGCUUCAGAACUGAGAUCCAGAACUGAGAUCUAAACCUUGCUGAGUCAAUAAAAUGUCUUUUAUUUUAA